UCCACACAUUUAGGAGGAGGAGGAGGAGGAGGAGGGGGAGGUGGAAUUGAGCGCAUCGCCUUCUCUGCCCGUCCCGCUUUUCUUUUUCUUUUUCUUUUUUCCUCCCCUUCGAGCUCCCUUACAAGAGCCGGCGCGGACGGGAGAAAAAAAUCAGGGGGUCUUGUGUGGCGGAGGGUGGACUCAGACUCGGAGCGAUGACGGGCAAAUCUGUGAAGGACGUUGACAGAUACCAGGCGGUGCUCAACUCGCUGCUGGCGCUGGAGGAGAACAAAUACUGCGCCGACUGCGAAUCUAAAGGACCACGAUGGGCUUCCUGGAAUUUAGGCAUCUUCAUUUGCAUCCGCUGCGCUGGGAUUCAUCGAAAUCUGGGCGUCCACAUCUCAAAGGUCAAGUCCGUCAACUUGGACCAGUGGACACAGGAACAGGUCCAGUGUGUUCAAGAGAUGGGAAACACCAAGGCCAAACGUCUCUACGAGGCCUUCUUACCCGAAUGCUUCCAGCGGCCCGAGACGGACCAAGCUGCCGAGAUCUUCAUUAGGGACAAGUAUGAUAAAAAGAAGUACAUGGAUAAGGUUAUUGACAUCCAGAUGCUCAGGAAAGAAAAGAGUUGCGACAACAUCCCCAAGGAACCCGUUGUGUUUGAGAAAAUGAAACUGAAAAAAGACGUCAGCCCGAAGACAGAUUCCCAGGCCGUCACAGAUCUACUUGGACUCGAUGCACCUACCCCAAGUCCUGCGGUAUCUAAUGGUGGAGGAUGUGUUCCAGACGGUAAUGAGAGCCCGGCAGUGUCUAAUCCAGCUCAGGCACAAUCGGCUCUGGAUCUCUUUGGCUCUCUGCCAGUCCCCUCCUCAGUGUCCUCUACAAAAACUAUGCCUGUAUCCAGCUCCUUGCCUCAAAGCAGAGUGACUGCCUCAGUGCCUGAAAAUCUCAGCUUGUUCAUGGAUCCAAAACCCAAAACACAGGAAGGCACCGUCAAGAAGCUGUCCAAGGAUUCUAUCCUCUCCCUCUAUGCCUCCACCCCCUCACUGCACGCCAGCAGUAUGGCUGCACAUGGCUUGUACAUGAACCGAAUGGGAUUUCCAACCCACCCUUACGGUCCAUACCAUUCUUUAGCCCAGGUUGGGGGAAUGGGAGGAGCCAUGAUGACGUCGCAAAUGGCCAUGAUGGGUCAGCCGCAGAGUGGUUUGAUGGGGGUUCACCAGAACAGCCUGGUCGGAGCGCAGCAGAACUGUAUGACGGGACAACAGAACGGAUUACUGGGCACUCAGGGUGCCAUGGCUCAACCGAGCGGUGUUGUAGCGACACCUUACAUGACAGGGAUGAGCCAGGGCAUGAUUGGACAGCAGCAAAGUGGAGUGCUCCUACAGCAGCAGAACGGAGCUUUAGCUCCACAGCAGAGUGGGAUGAUGGGACAGCAGCAGGCUGGAGGCAUGGCCCCAUUACCUCAUCAGCAAGUGUAUGGAGUUCAUCAAGGCCAGCAGCUUCAGUGGAACAUGGCACAGAUGACUCAGCAAGUAGCUGGCAUGAAUCUCUACAGCACCAACAACAUGGCGGGAUACGGGAGCCAGCACACAGGAAGUUCAACAGCCCCGAGUUCAGCGCACAUGACAGCACACGUCUGGAAGUGAUUUUAUACAUGAAAAAGCUGAAGGAACAUCUUUGAGACGAGAGGAAACAGAUGGGUCGGGAACCAUACGAAACAUUUUCAAAAGCACGGGACAGGAGGAGACAGGUGUGAAGAAGAAUUGGGAAACGACUACUACCUCUCUGUCUCUCUCCUCUCUGCCUAAGCUUCCUCUCCUAAUCACAUCCAUAGCCAUGUUCUGCAAAUUUCCAUGUUUGCCUUCAGGACAUUUUGGUACCAAGACAACAGGGUUCAGAGACCAUUACUUAGGCAUUCUCCUCUUUAUUUGUAUCUAACCAUUAUAUGAGAGUAUCUGUAUACCCCUACAUCUGUAUUCAGUUGGUGUGAAUAAGCUGCUUUUGGUUUUGGAUAGUUUUUCUUUUUAUAUUUUUUUUCUCUCCUGAGGUUGAGCGCAGGGAUUAGCCUAGCCUAAAUAGUUCAUAAAUAGAAUUUGUUGAGACAGGACAAAGCCAAUAUUAGGAUCUACACUACCAGUCAAAAGUGUGGGCCCACCUUCUCAUUCAAUGGUUUGUCUUUAUUAUUAUUAGGGUUGGAAAAUCCUUCAAGACAGAGAACCAUUUCAAGUCACUAACCUCAUGAAGUUCAUCAGGAGAAGACCAUGAAUGACCAAAGCAGCAAUUAAAACAAAGAGGGGCAGGGGUUAGACUAAAAUUAACUAGGCUAAUCUCCCCUAUCAACUGGCAUAUAAUGAAGCAAAUAAUCAAUGAUGUCACUUCCUGGACAUCUCGAAUGAUUAAACGGGCUAAAACAAGCUAUGCUAAUUUCCCCUUUUUUGUAGCUAGCAAAAGUUUGUUCAGUACUCUUAUUGUAUAAGGUAACAAAAACCAUAUAAAAUAUCUCAAAUGGUAAUCUAUUUUCAUGUCAGUGUCAAUUUAAAGUAUGUUGUAAGUGAAAGGAGCUACCACUAAUAAUUUCACAAGCUGCCAAGAGUUGAGCUAAAACAAGCUAGGCUAACCCCAGUAGGAUGCUAAGGUUGUUCAAUAUUUCUUCUUCAGUUCAGGUAACAGGAGGUAAGUGAAAAAGAAACAAUGGUUUUUCGAAUGUCUCAAAUAGCUAAACAUUUUGAAGCAAGUGUCCUACAUAUAUUUUCUUGCAUUCAAAGGAGCAGCCAUGGAUCAAGUUAAAAUAGGCUAGGCUUGACCUUUUUCAAUAGUGUGCUAAAAUUAGCAACAUAAGUUCCAAAAAGUUUAAAAAUGACUUUGAUUGGCUUCAUGUUCUUUACUGCUUUUGCUAAAAGGGGAAUAAAAGAAAGUGGAUCCCAAGUGAAAAUAUUUUUAUUAUUAUUAUUUCAAAAUAAUCCCUUUAAGUGUUCAGGAGUUCCUAGAUCAACACUGUACUGAAAUCUAGAAUAUCAACAAAGCCUACCUAAACGAUAUUGCUACAUGAUGUCUGCAUUUCGAGCUACAGAGGGCUUUAUUUAAAAUUAACUAUUUCAACUUUAAAGUGUCAAAAGGUCCUUUACUGGAUUUUAGGAGACCAAAGAUUAGCACUAGCUUUACUGAGACUGUACAGUAUUUUAUUGUUCUUUUUCAAAUUGCCACUUAGCUAGUGACUAGAAAAAUGACCACAGCAUUUGACCUGUAUCUUUGGCAAUACCUGCUAUCACACUUCACUGUGCUAUUGCCUCGGAAAGGUGUGGGACACUUUCAAAAGGUUGCAUGCUUUUUGUCGUCCUGUAACUGCUCAAACACCUCAAGUCAACAAUCCACCUUGUACAACUGUGGCCUCAAACAACGCUGAAUGUCCAUAAAACGAAAGAGAAACCAAGAGGGAGGUACAUAUCGGUCAAAUUUCAGAUACUUCCACAGAAAUGCAUGAAAAGAAUGUUUAUCCACCGUUGACUGUGCGUACUGUACGUUUUUAAGAUUUACAGAUGUUUCUCUCUACUGUAUAUCCUGAUCGGUCUGACCAAGACUAACAUAAAUAUCAAUGAAUGUGUGUCCUGAAUGUUCUCCAUGAUUGUAAUGGGUACACAGAUUUGACUAAAGCUGCCAUUAUUUUUGUUUUUUUGUUUUUCUUAUGUGUCGAACAGUGUGCACCUGAAUGUCUUUUGGUGGAAAGCCUUUCACCAGGUUUUAUUUGAACCGUAUUUUUUUCCAUUAUGUUGGGAGCAAACUGUGAUCAGACAGAUUAAGUUAUUUUCAGGUGAUUCAGGAACAUUUACGGCCAGGCCAACACGCAAGGUGAAGUGGAAAGAGAAUGUGCAUACGCCAUCUACCGCCUCUCGAUCCUUCAGCGAUCCUUUAUCCUGUUGUUCGCAGUCGCUCUUCCUUCGAAAUGCAUGAAGCCAUCGCUGCAAACAGUCUUUCCACACAUUAGGUGUCUUUUAUUGAACCAUGCAGUUUGGGUUCUAAGUCACUGCUUUUCGUGCUUUUCGUAAGAGACUCGCAGUAAUACCUGCUGCCAAGACUCGCACGUCAACCUUCACAGCUCUUUUCUUUAAAGCUUUUUUUCCUUUUCCUUUUCUUUUCUCCACAGAAACUGAUAUUUAUCUAUAGAAAUGCCACGCUGUAACAGCAGAUCUGUUGGAGAGCAAUGAGUGCUUCUCGGACAGGUUUCCUUGCGAUCAGUCCUUCGUGUCACUCUGUUACAUUUCCAGGGAAAUGAAAGAAAGUGAAGGAAUGUAUCGUUUCGUCGCCUCAAUAUGUGAUACUUUUUAUUCUUUACCAGGUUACCUGUACAUUACAUUGAUAAACAAGAUUAAAUAAUUUGUUUUGUAUAUUAGCUCUGCAUUUGUUUCGAUAUGCUUUCUCUCUUAGUUUCAUGUCUACAUAAAUUCAAUAAAAUCGAAAUGAAAAACA